AAUAAAAAUAUUUUUUUCUUUACAGAAACACUGCACAUCCCCAUGUAUCUCCUCUUAUUACAACAAACAACAAAAGAAUAUAUAUAUAAAAAAGGUAAUUGGAAAGAGUCCCUUCUUUACAGACACACUAUAAAACGCUGUGUCUUUGGAAGAAGUUCUUCCUAUGUUCUGUUUGAAUGUCAGUGGAAAAAGGGGAAAUACUUGGUCUUUGAACUUAUAAAAAGGAAAGUUAGUAAAAACAACGCAAUUAAUUUAUACUUCGCUUGUUAACAUGGUUUAUAAAAGCGGCCCCAACUUAUUUAUUGAGAAUAUUAAUUGAAAUUGAAAUAAAUUAAUAAAUAAAAAAACUCAAGUUGAACUCAAGUUCAAUGUCGUUAAACCCUCCGGAACAAAAGGUAGCGCUAGUGCGCCGGCCGGUAAAAAAAAAAAAAUCUAAAUAAAGACCGCGAACAUUGUGAGAAGGCAUCAAGGCGCCGACGCUAUCUCUGAAAGCAUCCAGCAUGUUUGGAGGAGCCGGAGGAAGAGGCUCCAGGGCUUCAGUAGCCAGUAUGGAAGGGCUACGCAGCGUCCUCCGCAACGAGCCGGACAGAGGCUCUGCUCGAGCUACCGCUCCUGCUCCUGUCGCUGCUGCCGCUCCCGCCGCUCCCGCGGACGACAAGCAUACAUUGCGCGGGCUUAAUGACCGACUGUCCGGAUAUCUGGACAGAGUGAAGCAGCUGAGAGAGGAGAACGACAGUCUGGAGAAACAGAUCGAUGACAUCCUGGACAAAAAGAGAACACCUGAGGAACGCGACUGGGAUGAGACAGAGAAACCUCUUCAGGCACUCAAGGACAAGGUCAAGGACCUCACCAUGGAGAAUGCCAAAUUACUAAUCCAGAUUGACAACUGCAAACUGGCCCAUGAUGACUUCAAUGACAAGACAGACAAGGAGAAAAGUGCACGUGAGGAAUUAGAACAUGACUUGGAAGAUCUGAAGAAGACCGCUGAGGACACCAGGCUGAAUUGUGAGCAGAAGAAAAAGGAGAUUGAGUUGGUGAAGGAAGAGCUGGUUCGCCUUAAGACGGAACACAAGGAUGAUGUGGAUGCCCUGAAGGAGAAGAUCAGAGAGUCUGAAGUGAUUGUGGAAAUUGAUUCCAAGAAUUCCAACCUGGCCGAGAUUGUCCAAAAAAUCCGCAGCAAUUAUGAUAAAAUAGCCCAGAAGAAUCUUAAGGAAACUGAGGAAUGGUACCAGACAAAGUUUGAAAACAUCCAGGUGGCCGAGGCCCAAAACGUGGAAGCCUUGCAGUCUGAAAUGACUGAGCGUAAGGAGCUGCAGAAGCAGAAACAAAAUCUGGAGAUCAGGAUCCAGACUUUACUGUUAAUGAUCAGGAACCUAGAGGAAACCCUGCUAAUCACUGAAAAAGAGAAUGGCCAACAACUGGAUCCUCUCAAUAAGACAAUACUGAAGCUAUCAGAUGAGCUGGAGAAGUUAAAGUCACAGUUGAAGCAGCAGGUAGAAACCAACAAGGAUCUGCUGUGUGUCAAGAUGAAGCUGAAGUCAGAAAUCGACAACUAUCAGCAGCUGAUCCAAGGAAUGACCGCUGACUCUAACAGCUUGGAGUUUGCUAUAGAGGAUGCUGUACUAUGUGAACAACAGGAGAAAACAAAAGAAGAAGCACCUAUAAAACAAGAAAGCAGCCCAACUAACAAAUCUGUCUUUCAGAAGGAGUUAGUGGAGGAAGGUGAUGUCAUCAAGCCUGAAGAGGUUGCUGUAAACGCUGCACCUCCAAAUGCAAUCGACAGCUCCACUGAUAAGAAACAAAAAAAGUCUAAAAAGAACUCGUCGUCCUCCUCCUCCUCCUCAUCAUCAUCUUCUUCUUCCUCCUCUGAAUCAGAUGAAGAUAAAAAGCAAGAAUGAUAAAAUGUUUUCUCAAUAAAUAUAGAUCUUUACUACCGUAUUCUGAGGCCUUCUGAAUGGACCUCCUGCAGUUUGAUGUCAGUUUAUGUACUUCAUACUAAUGUGAAUCCUACAUAUUAGUUGUCAUCGACUACUCUAAAAUAAACUGAAGUCUACACUCACUGAGUAUCCCUGUUUUUAUUGUUGUUGUUUUUUAUAUUAAGUAGUAAGUCCAAAGUAGAGCAGAAAACAGUUGGUUCAACAUCCAGAUACUCAUUUCACAAAAGUAUAACUCAAAUCCUACAGUGUGGUAAUUUUGGUUUAGAGUUUGUGGAUUUUAGUCAUUACUGUGUAUCUUGACAGUGGCUUGUAGAACGUGUGAAGAGUUCCUUUCAAAACGCCUUCGUCCUUAAUAUGAAUUGGCCCCCAGUCCCUCACAAUCCAUUUGACAAUAAUGUAUCAGUCAGCUUCACAACUGUAGACUUAUUCACUGCUUUGUGCUCAGUUUUGCUGGUCUGACACGUCUGAAGCCCCUACUGCAUGAGAUGGUAUUUUAAGCUCCUGCAGUUUGUCCAAAUAUUAACGUGUAUUGACUAUGACUAUGUAGAGUAAACCUGAAGGUAAAGUAUAUAUUGCCAGUGUUUUUCACACGCCAAAUUCUCCGCAUACACUAUGUGGUGUUCAGCUUUAAGACUUUUAUACAUAUUCAAAAUCAUCAGUCAUCCUACUUUGUUUUUUCCUCCUCACCUUUCUUUAAAGGCCUAUUUUCCUUCUGUAACUUUUUAUUUAUUUUCUUUUCACCUCUGGUCCCAAACUUCUACAUUUACAUCUCUAUCAUUUAGUCAGCCUAACUUCCUGUGGAUCCCAUUCAGCUGUCUCUGCCAGGUGAACAUAUCCUUUACAGUUUUCCUUGCUGUCCAGCACCACCCCUCCUCCAUGGAUGUACCCACUUUAAAAAUACUUUAGUAUUCUUCGUUUUUUUUUUUUUUUUACCUUAUCUAAAGUCAUUUAAGCAUGAAAUACCAGCAAAAUGUAAAGCUAAGUAAAUCCUAAAAAAGGAAAAUGUUAACAAACACUUAAUAGAAAUGAAUGUCAGCUGCAAGUGGACUUAUGUUUGUCCAAAAUAACGUUGAUAGACGCAGUAAAAACAUCUACGAGAAGUCAAGAUGAGUUUUAGUGGAAGAAAGGUUUUAUUUUAUUUUUUUUUAAAUGACCAUUGAACAGAUGACAAAAGCACAGAGAAUUAAGGACUAAAUUCAGCUUUCGUAUAGAAUUCAGUAAAAGACAUAUCAAAAAUGUUCUUUUCCAUACAUAUAUUUAUAUAAGGCAUUUACAAUUAUCUCUUUAACUACGCAAAGCAAAAGUGUCAAUUUUGUUCAACUUUUUUCAAACCAGGGCUUUUUGAAAUCCCCCCAGAACACCA